CGGUCGGCCAAGCGUCUUGGUCUCUCCUAAUUCAUAUUUCUGCGGAGUAUUGGAACAUGAACUGUUUGUUAACGGCAGAAAAAACAUGGCAGAAGCUCGGCCAAAGGAAAAGGCUGUGAGAACCGAUUCGAAUCCGUCACACUCAUCGUAUUCAUCAAGCGAUAUGGCCCCGAUAACACCCCCUGUUGAUGAAGAGGCAGGAUGCUUCAAGUUCUUGGUGCCUCACAAGCGCAACUCAAGGAAGGGCUCUCUGUUGCAUAAUAACCCGACACUUCUUGACCAUAUCAUUGGCACAUUCUAUGGGAACUGCGCCGGCGAUGCCAUCGGACUGCUGACAGAGUUUAUGGAUAGAGAAGAAGCACACAGGAAUUAUGGCAAAUACAAAAACUUGGAAUAUAAACACAAAAUCCCGGACAUGCACCGCUAUCGGUGGGAGACGGGCGAUUGGACAGAUGACUCCGAUCAAAUGAUACUGAUUAUGCAGUCGCUAACUGAGAAUAACGGAAAAAUUGACCCCAAAGAUUACGGAGGUCGCAUCAAAGUCUGGAUGAAGCGAGGAUUUCAGGAGCUGGGGGAUUUUGGCGGGAUGGGUAUUGGAGCUACGACGAUGGCUGUUUUGACGCAUCCGAAGUUCCAGGACAAUCCCCAUGAGGCAGCGGCCGACGUCUGGGAAAAAAGUGGACGAUACGCUGCUCCAAAUGGUGCCGUAAUGCGGACAGCCAUCUUAGGAAUUCACGACUUCAAAAAUAUAAAAAACGUCAUCAAAAAUACGUUAGACGUUUGUAAAACGACGCAUGCUGACCCAAGAUGCCAAGCGUCCUGCGUGGCCGUCACAACUGCUAUCGCCAUGAUGCUACAGAAAGAGGAGAAGCACAUGACCUCCAAAGGAAUUAUGGACAUCGAGGCGAUAAUUGCUGAUAGUUUUGAUUACGCCAAGGUACACCUUGAAAUCCAGGAACAGAUUGAAGAGCUUCACUUCCAUAUCAACGUAAAAACCCUACGAGCGUUGAACCUCACUGAAGAGAAAAAGAUAGGUUACACCUUCAAGUGUCUGGGCUGUGGGUUCUGGGCAUUAAGGCAACGGAACUUCCGACAGGCAAUCCAGGCAAUAUUGAUGGAGGCCGGAGAUGCUGAUACGAACUGUGCUGUAGCUGGGGCCCUGCUUGGCUGCCGCGUGGGGAUGCAGAACCUCCCACAAACAUGGAUUAGUGGCUUCAGGCAUAAGAAAUGGUUAGACGAACAAAUUUCAAAGUAUUUCACUGUCCUAGACAACACGUUAGGGAACUCCGCCGAAACCUUGCUGCUAACGGCGUUUAAGGAUUAUCUUGCGACGUGUCCGUUUGUCAGCGAUGAUGACACGCGUGGUAAAAUCGCCAUUGAAGUCGAAUUUGCAUCAACGAGUAGUCGAGGAAGUGUGGAUUUCUCUUCGGACUAUACAAUGAACAAUCGCAACAAAGAUAAUAAAAAACGACGCGGCAGCGCGAUUAUUAUACGAAAGCCAGAAAUCAAGAUAACAAACGACCAAGGGGUCUCAUAAUUGUACGGAAAUAUGACUUAAAAACAUGGCAUUUAACACACAAUUUUAUAGCGUGUCAUGUUUUUUAUAACCUGUGUAUAAAGGAGUUGUUUCUGUCAUGAACAUUUUAUAAAUGACUUGAUUGUUUAUGUAGAUAUGAGAACGAUUAUAAUUGUUGCCAUAUGCUGUUUUAUGUUUGUCGUGCCUGGUUGCAUACUGCAGGGACAGGUGGCAGCACAAGCUGGUCUUCUUGUUUGAUAAUAAUUCAUGUAAUUUGGCGUUCCAUGUGGUAUUUGUUACUGUUCUACAGAUGAUAAUGGGGAUGAACGAGAGAAUUCUGAAACACUCUUGAAGCUGAAAUGUGUCAUUAGGAAGGGGCACAGCUUGGCUUGCUGCAAGUCUCUCGAUAUCUGAUAUGUGGUCAAGGAAAGUGGUUAAAUUGGGGUGGGGGUACUCUAUAUUUGUGCAGACCUCAUGGGGUUAGACUUUGCAUUGGGUGAAACUCGCUGCUUUAUGUCUUAUUGCACAAAAGCCAUGUGAACUUCUGCAUUAUAGGUAAGGUCGGGCCACACUGUAUGUAAGGUAAACAUAGAUAUAUUGAGUGUUAAAUCGGAACAGGUGAUGACAUAUAUACCAAUAUUAAGGCAGGAUUUACAUAUAGUUUACACAGUGUUUACAUCAAGUUCACAUAGAAAUACAGGAAUAGUUUUGUUUGAACUUGAUAUAGGAGAGCCCCCUAUUGAUGACUUCGUGUAACCUAAUCUGACCUACCUCGGCUCCUGCCUAUAAUCUCCCUUAAUGCAUGCGUGGCUUGAUAUUUCCACCCAUGUGUACAUAAUAUGGGAGGAUUUACACAUAGUUUACAUAUAGGGCUUACAUAUAGGAAUACAGGCAGGCAGCUUGAUUCAAGUGGAGCUGCUAUAAUUCCACUUUUAUCAACACUCAUUUUUUUUCGUUUUCAUUUCGUCAUUUCUUAUUUCAUGAUUUACAGACGCCCACAUCUAAGAUCGGGGCUGGCGAUGGCUAACUGAGUUUAGUGGACAUGUGCAGCAAGAUGUAUAAUCCCAUAUAUGUAGAAAACAACAACAAUGGAGCCCUUCUCGGCGCUUGCGACAAAGGCAGAUAAUCUUGUCAUGUGACCAUGGUUACCAUGGUGACAUACCACAAUAACACUGAUGAUUCAGCCGCAUAGUAAACCUCCGUCAUUAGCAAAAAGUGGUUGAUCUUAUUCGUAUAAGAUAUCACGAAGUUCCUUAUCGCUUUAUGGAAUUAGUUAACCCCUUUGUAACUGGAAGCGAAUACGAGAUUAAAUUUCAACCAAACACCUUGAUUGUCGCAUGGCACUACUGUUUACAGUGAAUGAAGCACUUUGCCUCACUUCCGUGGCAGCAGUUAUGGUCAGGCAACCAUGAACGCCUGGGUUGGUGCAAAAUUUGGAAGCAGUCGUAAAACACUCAAAAUCUCAUGUCAUUGUUAUUGUUUGAGAUGUUUAGAAUGAUUUAUUCC